AUGAAAGAUCAGUUUAAUCCUAGUUUUAAGGUUCAGUAUAUGGAGAAAAAACACAAUUUUCAGCACUUCGCAGAAUUACCUCCUAUAAAGCAUAAAAGCCGCUUAAAGUAUUAUAGCUCAGAAAAAUACUCAAAUCCAGAUGAUGAUAGCAUGAAGUUUCAUAAUGAAAUGUCACAGUAAAGCGUCUGCGCCUCUAUAGAAUGCUUUGGCGCUGGGUUUUCCACAGCAACUUGUAGCUCUGACUAGCCGCCUAAAGGUGACAAGUCAACUCAAAGCUAACAAAAGCACAUCAUUUGAAUAAUCUGUCAACUUUGACACUGGCUUGCCGCCUUUAGGAGGCACGUCAGAGCUCAAAGUUGCUGUGGAAAACCAAGCGUAAGGUACACUAUAGCAAUGCAGACUCUACAUCUAAUGUCAGAGCAAACCCCUAGCAACUCGAUAUCUAGCUUAUCUUUUGAAAUCCGAAAAGCAAACCCUGAGGCUUUAAACAUGUCUUUUCACGAAAGAAUUGACAACGAGCUGUAUAGUCUGAGCAACCAUAUUGCUUCUUUUAUUUUAAUAGAGAUUUGAGGCUAAACUAGCUUUAUUUGUCAAUCUAACUCUCCAAAUAGCAAAUUUCUAUUAUAAAGUGAGCUUGCUAUUUGGAGAGUUUCUCAAUAUUCAGGAGCCAUAUGAUACGCAAACUAUAAACUGAUUAGAAAGGCUGAUUUAUAAGGUGGCUCAAGCUAUACCAUGCAAAAUUUUCUGAAACAAAGUUUAAAAGUCUGAAGUCAUUAAUUUUACUCAAACCUAGAGAAGAAACUGAUGACACAGAGUUGCUCCAAGGAUACAUGAGGAUUCGUGAAUGAACAAAGUUUGAAGAAAUUGAAGCAAUUAAUACUAAAAAUCCAUUUUCAGAUACAAGGAAAGCAUUUUUACGAAUAAAAUGAGCUCUAAUAGAACUUUGUCGAAAAAUUGUAAAAAGUUCAAUUUUUGAUGCAAUUAUUUUGUGUUUUAUUAUUGCAAAUACUGUUAUUAUAGCUAUAGAAGACCCGGACACGUCUGAUGAAUCUAGUAUUUUGAAUAAUCUAGAUGAUAUAUUCUUAUAUGUUUACACAGCAGAAUUUGGUUUAAAAAUCAUAGCUUAUGGUGUCGUGAUUUCUAAGGGUUCAUAUUUUAGAGACCCAUGGAAUAUUUUUGAUUUUAUUAUAUUAGUUACAGCUUGACUCGCAAAUAUUUACUCAAGCAGCUUCAAUUUUAACGCUUUGCGCUCUUUAAGAAUUCUCCGACCUUUAAAAAGCAUUUCUUCUUUAAAGGAUUUAAGAAUUUUAGUUUCAGCGCUAUUUCAAUCUAUAGUCCCGAUUGCAAAUGCACUAAUGAUGCUGUUUUUCGUGCUUUUAAUUUAUGCAAUAAUAGGAAACCAGCUGUUUGGAGGAUUAUUCAAAUAUAAAUGUAUGGAUUUGGAAACAGGAAAAUUCCCAAGUGCUCCCGGAAGUGAUAGUGUCUGUGGAGGGGUGCAGACUCAAUGAUCGUGAACCUUUGAUAGUGUACAUUUUACCGGAAAAUUUAGACCAAAAUUUUGAAUAGUUAGCCAAAAUAUAACGGUUUUUCGGUCAAAUGUCUAUAUAUUAGAAAAUUUCGAACAAAUAGCCCUAGGAAAUCUAGGAAAUGUUGCACUAUAAAAAAAUAAACGAUCAUUGGUAUGAAGCUUCUGUGGAGAUCUAGGGUGUCCAGAUGGAUUUGUAUGUGUGAAAAGCUUAGAUAACCCUGUCUAUGGAAAAAUCAACUAUGACAAUGUUUUAAUUGGAGCUUUGCAAUGCUUUACUUCUGUGAGUCUGGAAGGAUGAAGCACAAUUAUGAAAAUUGGUGAAAAGACAUUGAAUAAGCCAACAUCUAUUAUUUUUUCAAUAACACUGAUAUUUAUUGGAGCCUUUAUGAUGCUGAAUAUCAUGGAGGUCAUUUUGAUAUCGAAUUUGUCAAAGGAAAUGGAUAAAUCUCGUGCUAAGCAAAAAGAACGUGAUCUUAUCGAAGAAGAGCUUGCAGAUAGCUCUGUGCUCGACAACUUAAUACAAAUCUCUAACUCGCAGACGUCUAGCAAGUACCAACUAAUGAAGGAUUUAUUGAUUUUUAAAUAUAUAUGUAUAAAUAUUAAUUAUGUUGAGAAUUUAAUUAAAUCUAAAUUUUUUGAAAUGAAAUAAUAUAAAUAUUUAAUGUAAUUUGAUCAAUUUUUAUGAUUAUAACAUUAAUUAUAUAUAUUAAAGUUAUUUUAUACAAAAAAAAUUCGAAAAAUGUUGCUUGCUAUUUAAUAGCGGAGUGAGGAAGAUGAUGAGAAUUGAAAAGAGAGUUUUGAAUUUAAGUAUAAUAACAGUGAAAACUCAAAGAAAUAUAGAGGUUAUACAGAUAGCAGCCUGAUCAGAGAUUCAUUUAAAACUUCUGUAAGAGCCAAUAUUAUAAAGCCACCAUACAGAAUGCAUGAAAUUUUUAAAAAUGCAGAAAUUAUUGUAAGAAAUUCGAACUUUACAGAUCGAUAUGAGUUGAUUGAUUCUUCAGAAAAUAUGUCUGAACAGAACCAGGAAGGCAAUAUUACACCAAAUGAAAGUUUGCCGACACCUGUUUUUGAUUGAGAAAAUUAUAACUCCCCUUUAAAUUGUAAGAAAAAAUAUUAGCAAAAUUUUUAUUUGUUUAUUGUUUGAAAUCAAUAAAAAUAAUUUUUUAUAAGAAAAAUGCACAUAGAAUAUUAUUUGAAAAAUUUUUACGCUUUAUGAAUUAAUCUUUAUAAAAAUAUGAUUAAAAUUUGGGAGUGCGAUAUUUAAUUUAUAUUUUAAAAAUUUUAUGAGCAUUACCUCCCUUUAAAUUAGAACAGACUUUUUUGCUCCAAUUUAAAUAAGGAGUAAGCAUAGAACUUCUUCCAUCCAAACAAAUCAUGAAUAUAAAAGUAUUGACGCAUUAAAGCAAGAUAUUUCUGGAAAAUUUGCAGAUAAUAGUUGGUUAGAUUUCGAAAAAAUAAAUAAGCAUACUUCAUUUAGGUAUAGAAGUUUCCUAUGUUUGGCGCUGUAAGGCCGAUAAAUUCUGAUCGGAAUUUAUCGGUAGGUUGCACCAAAUCAAUGCCUUGGUCGGACCAAAAAGCGAUUUGGUCCGACGAACUUGGAAAGCUCCUGGGAAAAUGUCUGCGCUUUUAGCGCUAUAUAGAGGAAACCUCUAUAUCAAAUACCUUCCACAAAUGUUUAUGAUAAAAAAGACAAUGAAGGUGGCAAUAAAUCAAGUUUAAUUUCUUGAGCGACUCCUAGAACGACUGCAAGAAUUAAAAAUUUGAAAUUAACUCCCCUCCAUCCUUGAUCGAGUGACACCGUUGAAAAACCCUAAAAAAUGAGAAAAUGACACUUAACGACUUUCUUAUUUCAUCAUAAAACCUAUGUCCCAACCAUUCUUAAGGUCUAGCUGCCUAUCUUUGAUAUAAGCAAAUUUAGAAAUUAUGUAAAAGUAAUUUAAUAAAAAUUUUAAACUUAACCUAAAAUCUCAAUCAAGUGAAGACGAUCGGUUCGAUCAAGGAUCAGCAGGAUUAAGAAAAGAUUUAUUGGGUAAAUUAAGAGACGUUAAUGACAAGACAAAAAUAAAAGCUUUUAUAGAAGAAUCUUAUGAAAUUCAUUCAAAUUCCUUUAUUGAUGGAGAGAAUAAAAAAUAGUGAUGUCUAUUGAAGAUGGACUCUGAUAAGCACUCGCUAUUGAGAAGGUAAGACCUGUCCCGAUGAAGCUGAAAAUAGUGCCUCUGUCACUUUUUGAAGUAGGCUUUCAGGAUUGGGGAUGCUGAAGAGGGAAUUUUUGUUCCUCUCCCGAAGGUUUUCCAAUCCCUGCCAGACGGGCUUAGUCUUUGCCUAUCGGGACUAGUUGUGAACCCUCAAGAGGUGGCUCUAACCUAGAGAGCUAAUCCUUAGGCUAGGCGGGUUUACACCAAAUAAGUAGGCUAGAGGUGCAUCCGCUUGCCUUACAAUUUUAACUUUAACUUUAUUGAUGUCAUUCCAGUCAUAAAUAAAUCAUCCUAUUCCAAACCUUCAAAUAAGUACAGAUUUUCUUAUAGAAAUAACAAAGACAUAUCAUCAUCAAUUGAAAGUUUAACACAAUCAUGGGAUAAUAAAGUUUCUGAUACCAUAAUGAGAUACAGAGAAAAAGGAGAUAGGUUUGAUGUGUUUAAAUAUCUUUGCCAGAAGCAUAAAAUGAAAGCAGCCUUUCAUAUGACUGCAAUAAAGGUCCCAAAAAUAAUUAAAAAAAUCAAAGACAACGAUUUUUCAGCACGAAAUAUAGUUGGAGACUGAUCAGGAUUCGAUGUAAACUCAAAAAGUAAAAUAAAUAAAAGCAUCGAUAUUGUUGAAAAUAUGAAUUUUCGAAUCUGAAGAAGAGGAAUCUUCGGGAUUUGAAACCAGCUAACCUUUCCCUUAUUUCUCCUUGCAGGCAGCAAAUAUUUUAAUUAUUUUAUGAUAUUCUGUAUAAUAGGCAAUACUACAGUUUUAUCUGUAAAUUACUAUGGGAUUGAUUCUGAUACAAGUCUCAUCUUGAAUCAAAUCAACACUGUUUUUACCAUAAUUUUUGUGUGUGAAAUGGGGAUAAAAAUACUUGGACUUGGAUUGAUUAAUUACUGCAAAGAAAAAAUAUAACUAUUUAAAUAUAUGAAAUAUUUAUAGUAAUUUUUUAUUAUUACGAAUAUAAAUAAUAGAAACCUUUAAGUUUAAGUUUAUAAUAACUAUUCAAGUCCUGUACUUCUUGGCCUCAGCUUGAACUACAGCUCUGUAUGGGGCGGGCCGGCCUAACUGUCGACAUGUUUCUGUCCCUAAGCCCUUAAAACCUCUCUGAUUUACCCAGACUCCGCGUAGACCCAUAUUCUUGAGCUGAGACUCAAAGAAGUUGUGGAAUUCUCUACUGAGCUCGUGUGUAGGACCUGAGUCCUACCCCUAGCUGACAUUUUUAUUUGUUGAUAGAUACCUUAAAUUUAAACUUAAUUAAAUUAAUAAGAGAAGUCCCUGCAGCCAUAUUUUAAUCAAUACUCACCUUUGCAGAACGCUUUGCCGCUUGCUUGCCAGUCAGAAAAUAUCCUCUCACUGUGUUUUCCCUCACGGAUAAGGCUUGUGCUCACUAUCCGUGAUUCAGAAAUGCUGGGUUACCAUCCGUGCGUAAACGGGAUAUACAUUAAUCUAUCGUUUAGCGUUCACUACGAAGCUUAUCGACCAGAGCUACCUCCAACAUCAUUCUGGGGCAAACUCCGCGCCAUUUUCUCGGGCCUGCCAAAGGUGUGGCGUUGUCACCAAAGAGGACGCCAGUCUUGAAGUUUUGUGCCCAGCAAAUUCAAAAAAAAGAAUUUUUAUCCCCUUUCAGCCAAACUGGAUGCGCGCAGUCCAGGACUCAUCGUCUGAUAUCUUGAUGGAAUAAUCCAGAUUAACCAAUAGGAACGUCACUGAUGUUUCUGGGCUUUCCCUAUCCUACUCUGAGAUCCAUCUUCCCACAGGGUGAAUCCUCCCUUCCACAAGGUCUCUGGUUUACGUCCGGCUACAGCUACAAAGAGAGCAAAUUGCUAUUCUCUUUAUUUUUAUAUAUAAAUAACAGAAACCAGCAGGAAUGUUUCUAUUCUCAUAAAUAAGUAUAAAUUUAUUUGACGCCUCUAUUACAAUUCUUGGGCUUGUUGAUUUUCUUUUAAUAACGGGCUCUGGUUCAGUCAUUAGUGCAAUCUGAGCGAUUCGUGUAUUUAGAAUUUUUCGCGUUGUAAGAGUUGCUAGACUCUUCCGAUACUUGCAAACAACAACACAUAUUAUUGACAAAAUUUCAAAAAAUAUUUACAUGUUUUUCUAUCUUACUAUAUUUCUCAGCUUAUUUGUGAUUAUUUUCACGAUACUAGGAGUGCAGCUUUUUUCAAAUAAAUUGGAUUUUGCUGAGGCUCAUAACCAAUACAAUUACAAUAAUUUAUAUUUUUCGUUUCUUUCUACCUUCCAAAUUUUGACAGAUGAAAAUUGAAAUAAUGAGGAAUAUUUGACGAUGAGAUCUUCCUAUGGAUACCCAGGAACUCUUUUUCCAGCUGUAUGGCUUAUGCUUGGGAAUGAAAUCUUGCUUAUUCCUCUUGGCUAGCGAGAAAUCAUUUUAAAACUCAUUUUUGGAAGAAUUGACAAUAUCUAAAUAAUCCUAGAUUGUCUAUGUUCUAAAAUAAUAAAAAUUUUAUAAAUUAAAUUAUAUUUUUCUACAAAUUUUGAGUUUAAAUAAUUUAUUAAAAAAAUCUACUAGCAAGCAAAAAGUCUUAUUUAUUGGCGAAGGGAGUUAAUAUCUUUUUGGCUUUAGUUCUUGACAUAUUUUCUGUAGAAGAUGAAAAUUCUGAAUCUUCAAGCUUAGAUGGUAAAUCAGGACUGACAAGCAAAAAUGGGCUUUUUGAGUCAAGAAGUAGAAAGAAAAAAGAAAAAAGGCUCAAAGCUUUAGAAGAAGCCAUAAAUGGAGAUUUUGAAUUUGAUGAAAACAUAUCAUUAGAAGAAAUAAAGCGUCAAAGCAUGCUGAAAAAGCAAACCUCAUAUUUCACUGGAAUUGAAUGUCGUAAUAGUUUUUUCAUAUUUUCUAACUCCCCCCCCCCCCCCUCCGUGAGCGAACAAAAAAAUUUUGUUCACUCACGGAGGGGGGUUAAUUUUUUUUUUUAAAAAAAAUUUUAUAUAUAAAUUUUUAAAAAAAAUAUUUUUUUCGAAAAUUAAAAAAAUCCUAAUUUGCAAAAAUGGGGAAGCAAAUAUUAAUUUAAUUUGCAAAAUUUAUGUUUUUAAAACGCAAUUUGUUUAAAAUUAAACAGAAUUAGCUCUAGAUUUCAUUAUACUAAUUAUCACUUAUAUAUCAAAAUUUUUUUCCAUUAAAAUUUUUUCUAUUAAAAAAAUUUUUGUUCGCUCACGGAGGGUGGUUUUUGGUCAAAAAAUGGUGAUUUUUCUAAUGGUUUUGUUCGCUCACGGAGGGGGGGGGGAGUAAAGAAAACAAAUUCAGAAAAAUUUGUUAUUUCUUAUCCUCAAAUCCUACAAUGGAAAAAUGCAUUCUUGCAAUUAUUCUGGUGAGCACUCUUAAACUGAUAUGGGACACAUAUUUGCUUGAUUUUCCUUCUACUGAUAUUCGAAUUGAGAUAUCUAACAAUCUCGACACAGCUUUUACCUGUAUUUUUGCAUUCGAAAUGAUUAUAAAAUCUGUAUCUAUGGGUUUUAUAUUAUCAAAAGGAUCUUAUCUUCGAGACAGAUGAUGCCAGCUUGACUUUAUUAUAGUCAUUUUCUCGAUUGUCGAUUUGGCUUUGACAGAUAUCAGUUGGCCUGAAAUUAAAGUCUUGAGGAUUCUCAGAAUUUUGAGACCAUUGAGAAUAAUCAGUCAUAAUGUCCAGAUGAAAAUCAUGCUCAAUGCACUUAUAGAAUCCUUAAUAGGAGUUAUUAACGUAUUUGGAGCAAUAUUGAUCCUCUGGCUUGUUUUCUCUAUCUUAGGUGUCUCAUUAUUUGCAGGAAAGCUUUACAGCUGCUCUAAGAGCAAUAUAAACAAUAGGAAUGAAUGUGAAAAUUAUGGGUAUAACUGGGAUGCAUAUCAUUUCAAUUUUGAUAACGUCAUUGAAGCUAUGGUAGAUUCUUUUAUAUUAACUACUCAAGAAAGCUGGCCUGACUAUAUGUAUGCAGCUUGUUCUGCAUACAAAGAUGGAUAUGCACCAAUCUCUAACUACUACCCCAACGCAGCAAUUUAUUUUAUCGUCCACCUCUGCUUGUCAUCUGUGUUUUUUAUGAACCUCUUCUCUGGUGUUGUUUUUGAAAAGUUCAUUGAAGCCAAAAAGAACGAAAGCUCGUUGGCAUCAUUAAUACUUUCCAAAGAGCAGAUGGUAUGGGUUGAAAUUCAGUCCUUAAUUACCCAAUCAAAGCCUGAGCUUGAUAUUGCAAGUAAGCCAAAAAACAGAUUCCAAGCACUCUUUUUUAUCAUUCAAAACCACUGGAUCUUUGAAUCUUUUAUCAUCCUCUGCAUCAUUUUAAACUUCUUUCUAAUGUGCCUUUACUAUGACCAAGCUUCUACACGUUACACUGACUCUCUUGAAGUCUGCAAUAUGAUUUUUACAUAUAUUUUUAUAGGGGAGGGUGCGAUAAAGCUGAUAGGUUUAGGAAAAAAUUAUUUUAAAGAUGGGUGGAAUCGGUUUGACUUUUUUGUAGUUAUAUCAUCUUGUGUUGAUUUAGUUUUCAGCUAUAUGACUGUAUCUAUUGAUCAUGUAUGAAGCAAAGCACCUCAGUUGAUAAGAGCAAUAAGAGUUUUAAGAGUUACAAGGGUGGUUAGACUUAUAAAAAAGUUCAAGACUUUGCAAGAUUUGAUAACUUUGGUAUCCUAUUCUAUUCCAUCAAUUUUAAACGUGUCUGCCAUUUUAUUAUUGGUAUAUGUAAUAUAUGCGGUAUUAGGAGUUUACUUGUUUCAUAGCAUAAAUUCAGGAGCUGUAUUUGAUGACUAUAGUAAUAUGAGUAAUUUUGAUCAAGCCUUAGUAAAGCUAUUUAAACAUUCCACUGGGGAAAAUUGGCCUGAUGCGAUGUAUGACUGUGCUGAUAGUGUUGGGAAAACUGUGUCUUAUAUUUACUGAAUCUCUUUUAUUGCUUUUACAACGUUUAUUAUGAUCAAUUUAUUCGUUAUGGUUAUCCUUCAGGAUUAUGAAGACUUCGCUAAUGAUGCAGAAAGCGGGGUUAUUCUAUUCAAUAAAGACGUAAAAAAGUUUAAAAAUGCGUGGGCUGUAUAUUCUGCUGAAAGUCAUGGCAAAAGAAUCCAUUACAAAUUUUUGGUUGACUUUAUGCUUGCUCUUGGAGAUGGCUUAGGAGCUCCUUAUGGCUUUACACAUGGCCAGGUUCUAAAGAUUUUGUCGACUCUUGAUCUUGAUAUAGAUGCUGAUGGAUAUAUUUAUUAUAAUGAUAUGCUUUAUUCUGUCAUGAAAAGAAAAUAUGAAAGAGGAAUAGAUGCAAUUCUUGAUGAAAAUUCUGAAAAACUUUUAAGGAAAGAAGAAUCGUCAACAACUAAGAAACUCAGAGCGAUCAGAGAUAAAUCAAGCAUGGAUUUCUAUUCCUUCGAUAAAGUAAUUUUCAGAUAGAUAAGCGAGCUGAAGAAUAAAGGAAAAACUAAUUUGUUUUUGUCGAUGAUUUAUACGAGGACAGUCUUGAGAGCGUGAAAUAAUUGAACAAGGAGAAAGAAAGCGAAAGGGAAUGCUUCGAUCAGCAUUACUCCAAGAAUGUCAGAUGAAGAUUUUCCAGGUGAAAAUUCUCUUAUGUCAGAAAUCGAAUAA